GGAAUGUUAAUGAAACUGGUAUUCAAGUCCAGCAAUGAUACCAGUGGGAUGGUAUUCAGACUUCGUGUGUCUCACACUUCACGGAAAGUGAUACCUCACCAAUCAAACAAUUGUGGGCCGCAAUUUCGCAAUGCAACGGCACGUCCAAAAUUCCUUUCUUCCCCCGGAUAUCCUGUUAUUUCGCCAUACCCAGACUUUUGUAUUUGGAAACUGACGGUGUCUGACCCUAAGAUGAUGGUGCGCAUCGUCGUAAUUGACUCGGAUUUUGUGCCAUUUAUGGCUGUCUGCGACAUUAGUUAUAUCGUCAAUUUUUACAACGGACCUUCCAUCUUUAAUGACACGAUUUUCACCUGGUGUGGCGAGUCAAAACCGAAUCUGCAAAGUACUGGAUCAGCUAUGACAAUUCAGUUCAUUUCAGGUUUUUGGUACAGCCUGAAAGGCUUCCGACUGAAAUAUUUCGCAACUAAUGGUAAUAUCACAUGAAAAAUUACUUGCGUGCACAUUUACACUGGAGACACUGAACGAUCUUACAAUAAUUACAAUUUUGAAUAUUAACAUGAUCUAUGUAUUCGAAAUUGGCAAAUACUCACGAAUUGGUAUCAUUGUAUAUUUUUUCAAAUGACAAUAUAUUCUAUACAUUAGCCAACAAUCGGGUUCGUAAAUUGUGUGUCAACUCAUGAGGUAAAUGUUUGUGUACACUUCACUGGAUAGGCAAUGUAAAAUUGUUAGUGAAUUUCUUUCGAGACAUACAGAUGUGGAGGGACAGUAAAUAUUACGGAGGUUGGGAAUACAACCUUGACAGGGCCGUAUCAAAAUUCCCAAGAUUGCCACUGGACAAUACAUGCCCCCGCCAACAUGACCAUCCAGGUCAAAGUGACAAAUCCGUAUGUUUUACCAGUGGCAGAACCCAAAA